AUGAGAAAAUUUGAUUGCAUAGAAAGGCCAUUAUCACGACUUUUCUAUCGGUAUGGUCGAUUUGUCGCCUUACAUCCACUUCCUUUUAUUGUAAUACCACUUUUAACCACCGCAGCCUGUGCUAUUGGCUUUUUGCAUUUGCAUCCUAUAACUGAUGCGGUUUACCUGUUUACACCAACGAAUGCACCUAGCAAACGAGAAAGGCUUAUUGUUCAUAAUUUAUGGCCGUUGCACGAUCAUAAUUAUAUUGCUGGUCGAACGGUGACCCAGUCACGUGAGAUUCAGGUAAUAGCGCUGGCUAGAGAUGGAGGCAAUAUUCUUGUGCCACCGUAUUCCGAGGCAACUCAUCGUCUGGAUUUGUUCAUCCAGAACCGAGUUAAAAUUCGGUAUAAACAUCAUGUUUAUGGAUAUAGUGACCUUUGUUUGAUGUGGAAGACGAGUGGUUGUCCAGGCAAUAAGCAUAUCCACAUAGUUAGCGAUUUAUUUAAUCACGGUAUCAAUAUUACUUACCCGAUGGUUCGAUUUGGAACCACAAGUGGCUAUAUAGGAGGUGCUCUUGGUGGUGUCAGCUUAUCUCUUGGACCAAGUAAUUCGAGUAUUAUCGCUGGAGCUCGAGCUUGGUUCAUGGUUUAUCAUUUAAAGUUCUACCCUCAUAAUAUUUCGUAUAUUUCUGGACUUUGGGAAAAGGAAUUACAACGCAGAUUAGAAAGUUAUCCAGUGGAUCCUUAUAUAACAUUUACAUUUCUUCAUUCUCAAACACUUCCUGAAGAACUUCGUCGCAAUGCAGAUUCGCUUAUUCCUCGUUUUGUUAUCGCAUUUUCAAUUCUUGUUGUGUUCUCUAUCAUUUGCUCUGUGGUCUUCAUCAGUGGUACUCUCUAUGUAGACUGGGUUCUUUCAAAACCUAUUCUUUCACUGCUUGGUGUAAUUAAUGCUGGAAUGGGUAUUAUUACAGGUAUUGGAAUCACCAAUUUUGUAGGCGUACCAUCGAGUGAUAUCAUUGGCGUAAUGCCGUUUCUACUUGUUGCAGUAGGAACUGAUAAUAUGUUUCUAAUGGUUGCAGCUGUUCGACAUACAAAUCGAGCAUAUCCCGUUUCAAGACGUAUUGGUGAAUGUAUGAGCGAUGCUGCCAUCUCCAUAAUGAUAACAUCACUUACCGAUGCUUUUUCAUUUGGAGUUGGAGCGUUAACAACAAUUCCGGCUGUACAGAUUUUUUGUAUUUAUACUUGCGUGUCGAUUUCAAUUACUUUUUUUUACCAGAUCACUUUUUUUUGUGCAUUGUUAUCAUUGGCCACAGAAUGGGAAAAGGACCAUUUGCACUGUUUAUUUCUUCGUCCAACUAUUCCAGAUUGUGAUAUCAAGAAUGUUUCUUUAUGCACUCGGCUUUUCUGGUUAGGAUCAAGAUCUGAUCCUGAUCCGAAAAAUGUCGCAAAAAAUCUUAAAGAAACGGGUGCUAUGUUAUUUUUUCAAGAAUGGUUUGCGCCGGUGCUUAUGCAACCUAUUAUACGGGUCUUGGUUGGCAUUUGGUUUGUGAUUUAUAUCGCGAUAUCUAUAUAUGGAUGCAUACAUCUUAGAGAGGGGUUGGAACCGGUCAAUCUUUUGGUCGAAGAUUCCUAUGCCAUACCUCAUUAUCGUAUUCUUGAGAAAUAUUUUUGGCACUAUGGAGCACCUCUUCAGGUUCUUUUUUGUUAUUUUUUGAUUUCACUGAAUAAAAACUUUUAA